AUGAGCAGACCCAAUAUCAGUCUGCACUCUGAAUUUAUCAUUGUUGGACUGCCAACCCUACAGGAACAGAAGACUGCACUCUUCAUCAUCUUCCUCAUUCUCUUCUUGGCCACGUUCCUGGGUAAUCUGCUUAUCGUGGUUUUAAUCUCCCUUGACCAAAGACUCCACAUGCCAAUGUACUUCUUUCUGUGGAAUUUGUCUCUUUUAGAUAUAUUAAUGACGACAUCUAUCAUACCCAAGAUGCUAGCAGGUUUUUUUGGUCACAGAACCAUUUCUUUCUCUGGUUGCUUUGGACAGAUGUACUUUAUCAUCUCAUUUACAGCUGUUGAGGGAUUUCUUGUUGCAGCAAUGGCUUAUGACAGAUAUGUUGCUGUAGUGAAACCACUACAUUAUAACAGUUUAAUCAACACCAAGGUUUGUAUUACAAUGACUACCACAGCCUGGGUGCUUGGCGUCCUUGCGUCUCUUUUAAUCAUAGCAUCAGUAGUGAAACUGGAAACUGUGGAGAGCCGUAAGAAGGCCUUCUCAAUGUUCUCCUCACAUGUGACUGUCGUCUUUUUGUACUACGUUUCUGGUGCCAUGGUUUAUAUUGGGUUGAGAGUUGAGAGUAUCCCUCCUGAUGGGCGCAUCAUCAUUGGUGCAGUGCACUUUUUCCUCACCCCUUUACUCAACCCCAUCAUUUAUAGUUUAAGGAAUAAAAAAAUCAAGGCAGCAGCUCAGAGGCUCUGUCGCAGCAGAGUUCAAUCAGCGUCCUCUGGCCUGGUUCUGGCUCGGUUCCCAACCAAUUCUUGUGCAGCUUCAAGUCAAGAAGAAGGAAGAAGAGAUUUUUGCUGCUGCAUGCUGGUUAGGGUCUCUCCGAGGACCUCUCUCUAG